CUUUUUUUGCCUUGCAACUUUGUUUUCUCGUUGGGUCUUCAUAGGAUGAGUUCCCGCAUAGCAGGGUCAACGCUGCUCCGGCACCUCGGUCCUCGCCUCUUCUUCUCCGCUGCCGCAGCCCGCGCCCCCACCGCUGGAGAGCCGGCAUGCUCUUUGCUCCUCUCCGGAUCCGCCUCCUUGGCACCCGCCCGGUCGCCCGCAGCCGUGCUAGUGCGCCUUUUCCCCGUACGUAUGACCAGCACCACGGCGGCUCAGGCUUUCGGUGGAGAGCAGGAAGGGGAGGCAAAGCCUCCUGCCGCUUCGAGGGAGGCGACUGCCGUCCCGCCGAGCGAGCGCAAGGCCGUUGCGAGCUAUUGGGGCAUCCAGCCAUCCAAGAUCAUCAAGGAGGACGGCACCCCCUGGAGGUGGUCUUGCUUCAUGCCGUGGGAGACGUACAAGGCGGAUACCUCGAUUGAUCUCAAGAAGCACCACGUCCCCGCGACGCUCCUUGACAAGCUCGCUUACUGGAUGGUAAAAGCUCUCCGAGUCCCGACCGACAUCUUCUUCCAGAGGAGGUAUGGGUGCCGCGCGAUGAUGUUGGAGACGGUGGCGGCCGUGCCGGGGAUGGUGGGUGGCAUGUUCCUCCACCUCCGCUCCCUCCGCCGUUUCGAACAAAGCGGCGGGUGGAUCCGCGCGCUGCUGGAGGAGGCGGAGAACGAGCGGAUGCACCUGAUGACGUUCAUGGAGGUGGCACAGCCUCGGUGGUACGAGCGCGCCCUCGUGAUCGCCGUGCAGGGCGUCUUCUUCAAUGCAUACUUCCUCGGUUACCUCGUCUCGCCCAAGUUCGCCCACCGCGUGACGGGAUACCUGGAGGAGGAGGCCAUCCAUUCCUAUACCGAGUUCCUCAGGGACCUGGAGGCGGGUGAGAUCGACAACGUCCCCGCCCCCGCCAUCGCCAUUGACUACUGGCGCCUCCCCGCCGAUGCCACGCUGAAGGACGUCGUCAUGGUUGUCCGUGCUGAUGAGGCGCACCAUCGUGACGUCAAUCACUUCGCUUCGGACAUCCAUUACCGGGGGAUGGAACUCAAGGAUAUACCUGCACCGCUAGGUUAUCACUGAACUGCUGCUAGGUGUUACGUCUCUGUGUUCUGCCAGCCGAGUAGAAAAACUGUUUAUAAAUAAAUCCGACUGUGUACAUGGAUUUAUCUUCCAGCAGAAACACUCUCUAUCCUCAGCUUUUACUGAGUCAUGAUUAUGAUUCUGUGCGAUGAUAAUUUCAUGGAUUAGAUUUGUUUGUUUGGACUGCUCUCAUAGAUCUAUAUGGAUUAUGAGGCAUGGGAUUAAAUCGUGAUCAUAAUUAUGAUCUUAGAUACUGGA